AUGGCUCGUCGUAGCGCGAUUAUUGUUGGCAUAGCUACGGCUGCCAGGCUAGCCAAGGCCGGAUAUGAAGUCACUGUUGUUGAGAAAAAUGAGUUCUUGGGAGGGAGAUGCUCCCUUGUUCAUCAUAAAGACUACAGAUUCGAUCAAGGGCCAUCACUUUUGCUUAUGCCCCAGAUAUUCUACCAGACCUUUCUUGACCUUGACACCUCACUGGAACAAGAAAAUGUCAAACUUUUCAAAUGCGAGCCAAAUUAUCGCAUCUGGUUUGCGGACCAUGAUUUCCUGGAAAUGUCCACUGAUCUCACCAAGAUGAAAGCUCAAAUAGAGAAGCACGAAGGUCCAGAUGGCCUUCACAAUUUUUUCGAAUUUCUGAAAGAGUCCGGACAACAUUAUGCUCUCUCAUUGGAGCAUGUUUUGACAAAAGACUUCCCUAACAUAUUCGCUAUGAUGCGACCGGAGCUUGUUUGGUCAUUGCUGUCUCUUCAUCCUUUCGAGAGUAUGUGGAGUCGCAUCAAGCGAUAUUUCAAAUCAGACAAAAUUCGCAGAGCAUUCACCUUUGCUAGCAUGUAUCUCGGCAUGAAUCCGUUUGAGGCACCUGGAACAUACUCUCUUCUUCAAUACACAGAGUUAGCACAUGGAAUCCUUUACCCGGAGGGAGGCUUUGUCAAGGUCUUAGAAGCCAUCGGGAACGUUGGAAAACGUUUAGGCGUUAAGUUUCGACUGAAUACUGAGAUCGCAUCAAUAAUCAUAUCCAAAGGCAAAGCCCAAGGAGUACGUCUCAAAUCAGGCGAGGAACUUCUAGCCGACACAAUAGUUAUCAAUGCCGAUCUUGUCUACGCCUAUAACAACCUGCUACCACUUACUCCGUACGCGAAAAGCUUGACAAAGCGACCGGCAUCAUGCAGCAGCAUAUCAUUCUUCUGGUCCUUCGACAGAAUAAUACACGAGCUACAAGUCCACAAUGUCUUCCUGGCCGAAGAAUACAAAGAAAGCUUUGACGCUAUCUUCCAUCGACACAAACUCCCCACUGAUCCAUCAUUCUAUGUCAACGUCCCGAGUCGAAUCGACCCUUCAGCUGCGCCCGAGGGAAAGGAUGCUGUGGUCGUGCUGGUGCCUGUGGGCCACCUCACAGACGAUUCACUGAACCCUCAAGACUGGGAAUCAUUGGUCGCUCGCGCCCGGAAUGUUGUGUUUGAGACAAUCGAGGCUCGCACAGGAGCAACAGGCCUACGCGAAAGUCUCCUACAUGAAUCGGUUGAGACGCCUGUCAGUUGGCAAUCAAAGUUCAACCUUGAUCGCGGCGCAAUCCUGGGUCUUUCUCAUUCUUUCUUCAAUGUGCUCAGCUUCCGACCUAAGGUGAAGCACCCUGACUUCGGCGGACUGUACUUUGUCGGUGCAAGCACGCAUCCUGGUGCUGGUGUUCCUGUCAGUUUAGCAAGUGCGAAGGUAGUGACAGGCAAUGGCCAUGUUGAAGUGGUAGACCGCUUGCUCUCAGCAGGCACAGAUGCAGCGAGGCUUGAUGAGUGGAAGCGGACCCCGCUGCGAUUUGCCGCUAUGAAGGGCCAUAUGGAAAUAGUUCGGAUGCUCCUCACUCGCACAAAGAUAGAUCAGAACCUACCGGAUUGGGUGGGUCGAUCUGUCCUCCACAAUGCAGCAGCAUAUCUACGAGAGGGUCAGGAAGAUAUAAUCAAGUUUUUGGUCGAUAAUGGUGCCGACCUGGAGGCCCUCGACGGGGAAGGAGGAACUGCUCUCCACUGUGCCAUCUUUCGAACCUCAGAUCAACCUGCUCCAACGCUAGCUUUGAUCAAACAGCUCAUCGAUUGCAAGAUCCCCCUAGACGUCCGCGACAACCAUGGGCGGACGGCCCUUCUAUUAGCAGCUGUAACGCAGAACCUUGGGGCCCUGGAAUUGUUACUCAAAGCUGGCGCUAAACCGAACGAUGGAUCCUUUCUCUGCGCGAUCCAAACGGGCAGAUUGGAUAUCAUCCAGCCAUUUCUAGAGCCUCACACAAAGCAAGAUCUUCAUGAACGAGCAUGGAAUGAGCAGACAGCACUCCAUAUUGCUGCGAGUCAAGGCUUCGAUGGUGUUGUUGCCAAACUUUUGGACUUUGGUGCUUCCGUCCGAUGUUGCGACCUUCGCAAAAGAACCCCUCUGGUGUGUUCACAACAGUACGGAAGGACAAGCACCGUUAUAUUGCUCCAGAGCGCACAACCGGAGGUCCGUGGCGACUAUAUGUCCCGCGAAGCCCAACGGCUCUGGGGUCGCAGUGCGCUCCACUGGGCCGCGGAGGCUGGUGAUGAUCUAAGUAAGUUUGCUCUCGAUCAGUCCGCCCUAAACGCACAGGACGAUAUGCAAAGAAGUCCUCUGCAUCUGGCAGUCUGCUCAGGAUCAUUACAAACUGUGAAGCAACUUAUCUCGGCACAAUCCCCGAUAGAUUUGACCGACAGCCUGGGCCAGACCCCCUUGCAUUACGCGGCUGAACAGCCAAGUCUGGAAAUUCUCGAAAUUCUCAUCUCAGCUGGUCCUGAGCUCCAUGCCCUGGACAAGUGGUCCUGCACACCACUUCAUCUGGCAGUUGGAAAGAACAGACCUGUGUUGGUGGAGGCGCUGAUUAAGGCAGGUGCGCAAAUGCGAGGGAACUGUGACGAAAACACACCUUUGCAUGAUGCUAUUGCUGCUGGAUAUGAUACAGUAGCCCAUAUAUUACUGGAGACCAAAGGCGACAGACCAGACCUGGCCCAGAGGAACCGUGGAGGACAUACAGUUUUCCAUUUAGCGGCCGAGUACGGCAGAUUACUAGUUCUUGAGAGCCUCCUGGAACGCGUUCCUGAAGCCUCUACCGUGCUAGACUAUCAAGACCUCCAGGGUAAAACAGCGCUUCAUAUGGCCUCCAUGAGGGGUCAUUUUGACGUUGUCAAGAAAUUGCUGGGUAGCGGGGCAAUCGCCAAUCGCCUGGACAAGGAACUUUUCAUGCCUGCCCAUUAUGCUGCUAGGGCCGGCUAUGAAAAGAUCGUGGAGGCAUUGAUCGACGCCAUCCCAAAUCAUGUCAAUCAUUUCCUAGAGAAGUGGGACCAAGCACUACCGAACUUCCCUUCCGAGACUGAGGGGGGUGACGAGGCAUUCUUUAGUUGUUUAAUUGACCUGGGCGCCCUUGCCUUCCACCAGGACAACCAUUUGGUUCGAGUCAUGGAGAAAUGGGCCCCUGAGAAUCGCGAGGGCUUCAUUAAAGCGGUCGCUUGGGGCUUGCAGACAUUCGAGAGCAAUGCACACAGCAUUCCGAGUACCUUUCUUAUGCAAGCAGUGAAGGGCGGCCAUGAGGGGAUGGUCAAGCUUAUCCUGCGCAAAAUUCCGCAAAUGCCGCUGCAGGCGCUGUCAUACUGGCAAAUGAACGCGCUCUCCCUCGCCGCCAAACAGGGUAAUCUUGCCAUAGUCAAACAUCUCAUCGACUACAAUGCCGACCUCAACGCCAUCAGCGACAUGCAGCAGACCUGUCUGCAUGAGGCCGCAGAAACUGGACAUGCUGAACUCAUCGCUUUACUUGUGCAGAAGGGGGCAAACCCUGAUCUGACUCGUCUUCGGGAUGGGUCCACUCCGCUUCACCUGGCCGCAGAAGAGGGACAUGCUAAAGCAGUGGACGAACUGAUCAACGUUGCGUUUGUCAAUGCGCGUGAUGACCACGGGCAGACACCACUGCAUCGUGCUGCGAUGAAUGGACAUGAGUCAGUCGUGAAUCUGCUUCUAGAAGCGGAGGUCAAUGUUCUCAUCCGGGAUUUUGAGGACCACACGGCGCUAGACGUGGCAAAUGGUUUGGGAGAAAGGAUUUGCGCGGCUAUACAGACUCAGGCAAUGCGGCAAAGAGUGCAGAGGGGGUCCUAG